GAUUGCACAAAUGACUGUCUUGUCGACUACACAACCUGCAUGAAAUCAGUUUAAAGUCAUCAAACGGGUGGUUCUCUAAUGUCUAAUUUUAACUGAUGUUCAGCUAGUUUCCAGAAUUUCAUAGAAAAUGCUUUGAUUUUCUAUAUGUUUAAAGUUUUAUUUAAUUUGAAACCUUAGAUUUCGAAUUCUACACUUGAAUUACCUAUAGUUUUUUUUUUCAAUACUUUAACUUUUUUGAAAACUUCCCGGUAGAGCGCGCUAGCAUAACCUUCUAGGGAUAGUGUAGUACAUCUACCCCCAAAACUGUUAACCACUUUCAAAAAUACUACACAAGUACUACUUCUAGUGGUAUCCAUAAUUCCAACAGGGGCACGAUACUAAUGAGCAGUUUCGAGCACGUGAAGCUCGGUUUCCAUAGAGAUGCCGUACCCUUCCUCCGCACUUUUUUCAUCAUUACUGCUAUUUUCAUGCCUCCCUUCUAUCUUCUCCGUCUUCCAUCUAAAGCACUGAAUGAAGUACUCAGUAAUAUGGAUGUUUUCGAACUAUUAUCCAUCUCAUUCUGCUCUGAUUCCAUGAAAAAAGCAGUGAAAGCUCUAAGCCUUGAGAUUGAAAAUGUAAACGUGACUGUAACUGAAAAAGAGGUCGAGCUUAACUUUGAAUCAUGGCAUCUCCCGUCAUUCCAGCUGACUUUAAGGUUCACAAACUUGGAGAACCUUCCGGUUUCCGCCAAGAUCGCUGAGCCUAUGGGCUAUGGGAGUGUUGGGAGUCAGGACAUAUAUAAAGAACCAAUUACUUUUUCAAAUGAUUCAUUGAAGUUCACGGCUAGAGACUACUUGUGCCAUGUCUUGGAUGUUGUGAACAAGUCCGAGAUAACCAUUACUGAUGCUGGAGGGGCAGACGGGGUGUCUCGAAAAGCGAUUCGCGAUUUGUUCAAUGGAGUGCCCAUUCUUCAGCUGAUAUAUGAUUCGGACAAGUUUCCUAAUAACGUGCUCAAAUACACAUCUUGUCAUGCAAAACAAGCUAAGAUCACUCCUGGUUUACAACUCGGAAUUCUACCGUAUGCACAUCAAGUUCUUUGCUCAAAUUUUGAACACCUUGAUAUUAAUACUUCGUCUCUUAAUUUCAAUGGCUUAUUGAACCUAAACAGUAGUCUAGUCGAUUUAUCUUAUAGUCGUUUCACGGAGAAGGAUUUCAAUUUAUUCCUGAAACAUUGGAUACUAGGACUAUCGAACCCAGAUCUGAAACGGUUGAGAACAUUUAAAAGAGUUGAUGAUCUAGAAUCUUUGUUACGUGGGAUUUGUUUCAAGCAACAGCCGGCGUCCAGAUCAAGAACCGUUUCAUAUAACCUCUCUUGCACAUGGACAUACCAAGGAGGGUGCGAUGUUCGAAGGAAUGAUGGAACGGAAGCAACAAUCUACAUUGAUAAGCCUGAGUACUUUACAUUUGUUGUCUGGGAAAAGUCAGAAAUUUCAGAAAUUUCAGAAAAUUGA